AUGUCUUCCUCUUCUGCUGCCAGCGCUUUGGUCGCUACCUCCACACCAAGCACAAGUAUUAGUAGUGUACCAGAUGACGGCCGUCUAUUUCAUUUAGAGUCCGGUGGUAGCACCAGCUCUAGCGGGCUUCCAUCAGCCUCAACUGCCACCGGCGGCUGUUCACGCGCGCUACAGCGCCGCUUCCCUCGUGUCCGGCGGUGUCUCACCCGCGCGUCGCUGGGGCUGCACAUGAGCAGAGCAGCCAAUGAACUGACGGUAAUUGUAGCGCUGUUGCUGAUGGGGAUCGUGGGCACCUUUGCGCUGCACCAGUUGAUGAGCCCGGAAAUCGAGGCGCUUACUCAGCAGCGAGAACGGCUUAAGGAUGACGUGAUAAUGCUGCGGCUGCAAGUGGAGAAUAUGACGCGCAUCGCUGAGAGUCGCCUAGAGACCAUCCACCUGCUAGAGACGGAACUUGAGCGACAGCACGUUCAAGCGGCGGAAGCUGCGGCCAGCUCUGAUACAAAAGGUAACGCUAUUUCGGCUGCGGCUCCUAAUGAGUUGAAGAGCGGCGAGCUUCGUCCGAGUGUGGUGUUACCUACGAUCUUCUACACCCUGCUGCUGGGAUCCGUCGUGCUUGCAUCUGUGGUUUACCGCAUCAUGCUUAUCAUCCGAGGCGAGAUUGUCGCACAGCAGAAGCUAGGAAGGAAGCAGUACGUUGAUACUAGUGGCUCUGGCGAGCUUAUGAUGCCGUCGGUUACGGAGUUGUCUUUGGACGGCCGACGAAAUGGAAGAGGAACGCCGCCGCUUUCUCCGACGCGAGAGCCAAUCGUUGAUGACGCGGUGUCCAGCGACACCCGAAGUGGUGCGUCUAACGGUACCAACUCGUCUCUCAGUCCUAAAACAACCGACGAGUCUUCACCGCAGUGCUACAAGCGCGCUCCAGGAUCAUCACCCACGAUCGUCUAA